CAGGUCUCAACCAUAUUUCAGUUUCAAAGCAAAAAACACUAUAUAUAGUCAACUUACAGUACUAUUUCUUUUCAAUAGGGUUUCUCACUUAUUACAAUUAGUUCCCAAAUGAACAAACUCAGACAGUCAUCAUUUGACGAGUACAUAUCCACGUGUUCCUCUUCGGAAGCGAGCUCAUCCAACAAUAACAAGUCAUCGCCGCCAAAUGCCUCCAUCGACUACGACGAAGCGAUAACGUUGGCGUCAUCGAGGCCGAAGAAGCGUGCGGGGAGAAGAAUCUUCAAGGAAACGAGGCACCCGGUGUACCGAGGAGUGCGUAGGAGGAACAACAACAGGUGGGUCUGCGAGCUUCGCGUUCCAAACACCAAGUCCAAACGGAUAUGGCUCGGGACCUACGCCACACCUGAGAUGGCGGCGCGUGCCCACGACGUCGCCGCACUCGCGCUUCGCGGGAAGUCAGCCUGCCUCAACUUCGCAGACUCCGCCUGGCGACUACUCCCCUUGCUCCCGGCGCCUACUGAUGACGCCGAAGAGAUAAGGAGAAUGGCCGCCGAGGCUGUGAAGACAGUUACAGUUGAGGACGGUUAUAGUAAUAACCGACGUCCAGUAAGUACGGGCAGUGCGGUUACUGAGUACGAGGUUUGCAGCGGUGAGAGCGGGGUGGAAGAAGAUGUAAAGAAGGAUUUGAUUGUUGAUACUAACAAUGAUGAUUAUUACAUGCAUGAUUGGGUUCGGAGCAUGACGGAGGAGCCGUUACGAUCUCCGCCUCCAUUUUUCAGAUACGAUUUUGGCAGUAGCAGUAGUCAUAGGGAAUGGAAUGAUAUGGAGGUUGAUGCCGAGGUGUCACUGUGGAGCUUUUCCAUUUGAUUUUAAUUGAUUUGAUGUAUAGCUUUUGGUUAUUAUUCAGUGUGCAAACGUUUUAUUGUUA